UAACGUUGACAACCACAGGCUAACGGCUUCUUCAUGCCAUAGCCAUUUCCCUAUUACGGUGCUGUACAGUAAAAAAUCUGAAUCAAAUGGCCGAAUUAGAUAUUGGAAAGCAUUGUCAGAUCGACUCAUGCAACCAGAAAGAUUUCCUUCCAUUUGUUUGUGAUGCCUGCAGUGGGGUUUACUGCCUUGAACACAGAAGCAGAGAGGCCCAUUCAUGUUCUCAUGAGCUGGUGAAAAGAGAACCACGGACUGAGGGGAGCAGCACAAGUUAUCCAUGCUCAUUUCAAGACUGCAAGGGGAAAGAAUUGUUACCAGUAAUAUGUCCUCACUGUGAAAAACAUUUCUGUUUGGCCCAUCGCCAUCAAGAUGAUCACCAGUGUGAGAAGUUAGAGGUCCAAAAGCCUCGAAUGGCAGCCACAAAGGAGCUGGUGCAAAAAAUUGUUGAGUCAAAGGAUGGAUCCAAAAGUAAAGGACGGAGGGGAGCAAAGAACAGCGCAACUGCAGCUAAAGUAGCAUUAAUGAAACUGAAGCUGCAUGCUGCUGGAGACAAGGGACUGCCACAGACAGAAAGAACCUAUUUUCAGGUGUAUCUUCCUAAAGAAUCCAAAGAGUCCAGUCAACCUAUGUUCUUCUGUUCCAAGUGGAGCGUGGGCAAAGUGGUGGAUUAUGCAGCUUCACUAGCUAGUCUCAAGAACAACAAUAAUGUACUAACAGCUAAGAAGCUGCGGUUGUGUCACCCUCAGACUGGUGAAGCUCUCCAAAUGGACGACACCCUACUCUUGCUGCUGGCUCACCCAGAUGCUCCCCUGUACAAUGGAGGAAAUGUGAUCCUGGAGUACCUGGACAAUGAUAGCACAGGCCUGGAGGAUGUUUCUGAAUACGUCAAACAGAGCUGACAAACCAACACUCAAUUCUGUAUGAAUUAUCAUUGUGUACAGCAUGUUCUUGUGUAAAACAUUUUUGUUAAUAAACUGUAUUUUUGA